AUGGCACGUGUGCACAUCGCACUUGUUGUCACGUCCGCGCUCGCGCUACGUGUGCCGCUGCGCACACCUAUGCGACGAAUACGCCAGUCACCGCUGCGCGCGACGAACGACUACCUCGCGAGCAUCUCGGCGCCGGAGCCGCCAGCCGCCGCCAAGCCCCGAGCCCUCGACGAAAAUUCAAUCAGUGGCGACACCUUCCUGGGCGCCUUCUACAAGUUCACGCGACCACACACGAUCCGAGGGACGAUGCUCGCCGCGUUUGCGGGCGUCGUGAAAGCCAUCGGGGACGCGGGCGGUUUACAAAAGUGCUGGUCCUGGGGCCUCGUCCCGAGGGCCUUAGCCGGUUUGAUCGCGUUGUUGUGUGGCAACGCCUUCAUUGUCGGUAUUAACCAAUUAUAUGAUGUCGACGUCGAUCAAAUAAACAAGCCCUUUUUACCUAUUGCGGCCGGUGAAUUGUCACCCAAAAGAGCAAAACUUAUACUGACGGCUUGUGCUUUAAUAGGGCCAUCCGUAGUCUUCGCUUUGUAUCCGCCGCUCAUCGUAUCUUUAUACUUAUUCAGGCGUUUCAUCGGAACGGCCUACUCCGUUCCGCCUUUUAGACUCAAGAGCCGAGGUCCCAUUUUCGCCGGUUUAGCUAUUGCGUGCUGUCGGGGCUUUCUGUUGAACUUCGGGGUCUACUACGCCGUGCUGGAGGCGCUCAAAGUGCCUUUUAAGUGGAGUCCUGGCGUGGCGUUUAUGGCGCGAUUUAUGACGGCGUUUGCGGGCGUGAUCGCCGUGACGAAGGACUUGCCGGAUAUUGCCGGGGAUUUGGCGACGGGUGUGCCGACAUUGGCCACAAAAUUCGGGGUCGGGCGGGUGGCCGCGGGGGCGACGUUCGCGUUGUUGGUGAACUACGGAACAGCAAUUGCCCAAGGGCUCUUCGGUCCUUUCAAGCGGUUACCGAUGGUCGGCGGCCACGCGCUGCUGGCGGGCUUCUUGCUGCGGAACUACCGCCGCUAUCGACAGGUGUGCAGAAGAUCCGCGGGCACGCGGUAA